CACAUUCAUUCAUUCAUUCGUUAAUUCGUGCACCAGUCAUCAAGUAAUUUGUAUAGUCACAUUUAAAUCAUCCAAUCCAAUCCAAAACAAACCAAACCAAACCAAUAUUCAGAAAAAUGCUAACCCUCAAUCUCAAUCCUCUUUCUUCUUCGUUCUCAAUUCAUGCCAAUUAUCCACUCUUUACUCAAAUUCAGUUAUUAGCUCCUACUAAUCUUAAUUACCCUUUUGCUAAUACAGCUACCAGAAAGUUUAGGACUUUUCAGCUCAAGGCUGGAUUUUGGGACUCAAUUAAAUCUGGGUUGAUGAAGAAUAACACCACUCAAGUCAUCGACCCACAGUCAGCAGAGGAAGAAGACGAAGAACCUCUACCUCAAGAAUUUGUGCUUGUUGAAAAGACUGAAUCUGAUGGAACAAUUGAGCAAAUAAUAUUCUCUUCGGGUGGAGAUAUUGAUGUUUAUGAUCUUCAAGCCCUUUGUGACAAGGUAGGGUGGCCACGGAGGCCACUGUCAAAAUUAGCUGCUGCUUUGAAAAAUAGCUAUAUAGUGGCCUCUCUGUAUUCUAUAAGAAAGUCACCAGGGUCAGAGGGGAAUGAACAGAAGAGAUUAAUUGGCAUGGCUCGUGCUACAUCAGACCAUGCCUUCAAUGCCACAAUUUGGGAUGUCCUAGUUGAUCCUGGCUACCAGGGCCAAGGUCUUGGUAAAGCUCUUGUAGAGAAACUUAUUCGAACUCUUUUGCAAAGGGACAUUGGUAAUAUAACUUUGUUUGCAGAUAGUAAAGUUGUGGAAUUUUAUCGCAAUCUAGGUUUUGAAGCUGACCCAGAGGGCAUUAAAGGCAUGUUUUGGUACCCAACUCACUAGUUGCAACCCUGCAAAAAGUUUUCUUUAUACUCUUGUUACAUUGUUUAACAUUGCAACCUGAAGUAUACAAGGUUACAGCAGUGCCAAAUUUGUAAUAUCAAAAUAUAAAUCUUGGACACCAAUCCUGUAAUUAUUCUGUUAGGUGGUAGCAAGAUAAUAUUUUCCCCCAAAGUUUUACUACUUUUUCAAACAGAUAAUUUUGAGGCUUUGGUUAAUGAAUCAGUAUGUUAUUGUCUUUUA